AAUUACGUGCUAUAAUGGAAGACAUGUAUCAAUAUGCUGCUGCUGCUACUACAGACACAGCAGGUUCUAAUAACAAUAAUGAAGAAAAUGACGUGAUUUUAAAAGCAUUUCAUAACAUGGGAUGGGGUAAAAAAUGGUCUAGUCUGGUGGAUACUGUUAAGAAACAGAGUGAAGCAUUUGUUGAGGGAACCAAGAGAGACUUGCAAGAAUUUGCACAAGUGCUUACUGAAGAUGGUGAAGAAGAAGAACAAGAAGAUAACAGUUUGGAACUUAUUCGAGAAAGUCUGGCGAGCAUCAACACGGUUAAUUUCACCAGUCUGAAGGACGGUUUGAUGAAGGCAUUGGAGCAACGGUUACCGAGUCAGGUUCAAUCAGUACAUUUACCGGAGAAUAUGGAUCUAAAGCAACUCAAAGAAGGACUUGCCAGAGGUACACGAUCCGCCGAGCAUUAUCUUCAGACAUUUGGAACUGAGGUUAUUUCCGCUUUGAAGAAUACGGUUACUGUGAUAGGGCCUGAAGAAGAAGAACAACAACAACAACAACAGCAAGCCAGUCGUCGUAUAUAUGCAACCCGUAAAGAAACGUUAAUAGCCAAGAUGCAAACCAACCCAGAUACCUAUUUAAAGGAUCCAGAGAGUGAAGAGGAGACUAAAGUAUUAAAGACAUUUAAUGAUACAUUCAAGAUUGAUGAGUACACUGAAGAGAUUGCACAAUUAUUGAAUGAUAAUCCUGAGUUAAGGGACAUGAUGAAUACAUUAGUUCCUAUGCAGGUCAGCUACCCACUCUUUUGGCAACGUUACUUUUAUCAAGCAUGGAAGAUUGAUCAAGAUGAACAAAAGCGUCAGUUAAUUGUUCAAAGCGUGAAAGAAGAGGAUGAAAAUGAUUUCAAAUGGGAUUCAGAUGAUGAAGAGAUGACAGUCAAGGAUAACGUCAAGAGAAGUUCAGAAGAUACAGAUUUCAGUCAAAUAUCCAACCCUUCGUCCACACCACAGCUGCAGUCAACAGAAGAUGAAUGGGUCAAGGCCGAGACACAAAAGAAGGAAGACACCAAGUCAAAGAAUGAUGAUAACAACAACAAUGAUGAUGAUGACAGUGAUUGGGAAUAGGUGUUGCAAUCCUUAUUGUUAUUCGUGCAUAUCAAGACAAUAACUACGCAGCGGCGUUUGAAUAAAUUUAUCCAGUUACAAACAAAAAGACUUGAAAACAUCCAACUGCCAUAGGUUUAUUUUAUUUUUCAG